AACAGGCGCCGCGUGUCCGCGCCAUGGUGACUCGUUGCUCGAGUGCUCCGAAGCUUCGUAGAAUACGUGGAUGCGAGCGAACGAUGGCUAACACAAUGAGCCUGUUGUUUUCAGCCGCGAACUUCUUCCUGCAAACUUUCGACACGUAAAGAGUUGCAGUUCAAACGUGAAACGAGUGAACGGAAUGUCGUACUAUGUUACAAUUACGCGGCGAAACACAGCACUGAUAAUAGCGAUGAAUUGAUUUGGCUUCUUUGACACUCGUGAUGUUCGAGCACGAUCAAAAUCUGCACUACUACGAUGAUAUUUCGACGCCGCAAGCGAACGCGCGUGACGCACACGGACGGAUGUGAAGAUCACGAUCCAGACGACGCUAUGACUCACGAUCUAACGACCACUUUGAGAAGCGAGCUGGCGGCACUCGAAUACAAACGGGACAGGCUUAUGUCUGAGCUGCAGGAAAUGAAAAGCGCCGUGAGAUCGCGGGACCAGAGGGUCGUGGAGCUACAGGUAGAGGCGGAUCAGCUUCGCGAGCAAGCAGCCAGGCAGAAUGCCGUCAUCUCCAGUCUCAAGAAGCGCAUUCAGGAAUUGGAGGAGAGGGAGAGAAAUCUCUAUGCGUCCCAGGGCAGAAAUGAGAUCACGAUACAGGGUCUGCAGCGUGACGUAAAGUAUCACGAGGAAAAGGUCAGAGAGUACGAUAAGAAGAUUCGACAAUUGGAGCACAAUAUAUCCGAGGAGAUUCAAUUGAAGGAACGGGCACGUCUGAAUCUGCAGGAUUUCGUGCGAAGGUUGGCGCAUGCAUUGAACGUCGAGUACUGCGAGACGGCGUAUCACAGUACGGAGAUGGUGAUUCACAAGGCCGAGGAGCUCGUGCAAGAAGUGAACCGUUUGCGAACAAAGAGCACAAAUGUCGAAACUCAAUUGACGGGCGUCGAGGUGGAUUUUCGAACCUGCAGGGACGCUCUUGAUCGCUCCACUACGGAAAAGGAGCAAUUACAGAGACAAGUGUCCGUUCAGCUAGUCGACAUAGAUCGUUUGCGUCAGGAAAAGGAAUGCCUGGAAAUGCAAUCCAGGGUCGCCGAGAAGGACAUGAACGAUCUGAGAGAUAAACUUGUCAACGCGAAUAGGAGCUUAACCAGCGCGACGGGGAACAUAUCCAAUCAGGAGGCGCUGAUCUGCCAAUUACGAGAGGAUCUGAAAGCUCGUGAGGAGAAGACGCAACGCGUGCAAAAUGAAUUCCGUCACCUGCUAGAAUCGGUUGCGAUCCUUAUCAGUACACCGAACCGAUUCGUCGAGUCCCACGAGAACGCGAUCAAAGAUCGUAUUCGAGAAAUUCUGGCGGACAAUAAGGAUCAGUCACUGAAAAUACAAAGUCUUCGGGAAAAAGUGAACACGGCGACUGAGUCGACGAAUCGGCAGAGCGAGUUGGUCGAAUCCACGAUGAUGAAGGUACGCAGUUUGGAGGACGAGCGCGCCGCUCUGGAGGUUAAAAUACACAAACUCGAAUCCGAACUCACGAGCAGCGAUCUCUCCAGAGAGUCUUUACGCAGAGACAAGCAGACGUUCAUGACCUUCCUGGAUCGAUUGGGUAAGGCGAUGCAAAUGGACGAGAUCUCUCAGGAGAUCGGGCUCGAUCUUCAGACGGAGUCGCUGUUGGUGCGGGCCGAGCAGCUAGCCAGAUUGGAGACGGAUAAACUAGUCGACAAGACCUCCGUGGUUUAUCAGUUGCAACGUCGCGUGCGAACCCUGCGGGAGCAAUUGCAGCGCAGGGACCUGCACUUGGAUCUUCUACGUAGGAAGCUAUCUCUACAGGAGGACAGUGUGAGGAUGAAGUCGUUGUUGCAGAGCGAGCGUGACGAGGCGAAUAUACGCGCGAAGAAGCUGGUGAAACAGGUCGAGCGACUUCAGGUCCAAUUGUCGGAGGAAAAGUCGCGGAAUCGGGAGUUGAGCGCACAAUUGACGGAAGCCGCGGAUUAUAAGAUAGCUGCGCUUGAACGCAGCCGGAAGAUAGAGGAGCUCCAGAAGCGUCUCGUCGAGAGCGAGAUGCUGAGGACGCGUUACAACAGAAAGUUGACGAUGGCGAAGGAGCAGAUGAGGACCGCCGUGGAGACGGCCGAUCAGGAGAGAUCGAUAAACGACCAUUCCCUGCAGCUCCUCCGCGACGAGAUGGCACAGGUCAAGCAAAAUUUAUCCGAGGUCACGAGAAGAGAGUCCCAGCUUCAGAGCUUCCGCGUCUCCGUGGCGAAGUUACUGUCGGAGCCAAUCUGCACGCCCGAUUACGAGAUCAUUUCGCGGCUGCAGAAAAUGGUCGCGGCUCAUCGAGACUUUACGAUGCUCUCCCGCAGAUACGACGAGCCUUUGGAAACGAGCCCUUCGAGAUGCACCAGCAUUCAUCCGGUCCAUCCGCCGAGAUCGCCUGGUUCACGUUGCACCCGUUACGAGGACAGCGGUUUCGCGGACCCGCCCGACCUCCACGACAUCGACGACGAUUACAACAAGAGGCCAGUGAGAAGCAGCCUUCUUCCGUGACACCGGCCAAAGUUCAAGUUUUAAGCGUUUCCCGGAGGACAUUGUACGAUCUCUGUGUUCAAUCCACUUGCUGCUAAAUCGACCUCGAAUUCCCGAUCUCACACUUGAAUGACAGCCGCGAGUCGGAAAAACUGUUUAUCGCACAUCGUAAAGCGUUGCGUUUAUUUCGCAUAAACGAGCGACUUCUACGAGAUGAAGAAGACCAUUUGUUUAUCGAUCAUCGUUACAGCUUUAUGAAUUAGGCAACAGGCACGCCAUGAGAUCGCUCGCACGUCGAGCGUUCUCGAUGGCUUGCCCCCGGCACCCGAUGGCAUAAGCAUUGAGAAAUCAUCGAUCCGUGCUGUACGGAGGGAAUAGAAGAGAGGAAAUCGACCCGAUCGACGCGUUCGCAUGAAAUCGCAAUUUCGCGCUAAUUAUUAACCGGUAAGCGUGAGAAAUUCCUAACGGGUCGUCGUGUGGAAGAGCGAUACCGAGCGUGUAUCGAGCAUCGACUAUCGUGAACGAAAAUCGUCGAAAGUGUUCAGUGAAAAUUACGCGACUUGACUGUUCGCGUAUCUAUAGCUUUAAGGUAGUUUAUUUCGGAAAAAUUUACGAGUCGACCGCGUGGUGCAGACUUUGAUUUAUAUACGCGAAUAAAAUAGCUAUUAUACAUAUACGUCGCUCCCGAAAAAAAUCACCUGGAUGUGCCACUUGAAACAAACAGCAGUCAUUAAUAUGUAUCAAGAGUGGAACCGUAUCGAAUAAGACUAAUCAAGCGUGCGAAUUAUGUGCAAGUGACGUCAUGUGAAGUAAUAAAGGAUGUCAUUUUGUAAAGAAGCCAAUUUGCGAGGAAUUGUGAAAGUAAUAAUAUUUGAAAUACGAAUUAAAGACUGAUUAAUAGGA